GCAGUGGAAUCGGAAGUGUUUUGUAUGAGAUCCUCCCCGUCAGCUGUGCAGUUAAAUAUCCGUCGCUUAGCCAGCCAAGAAAAACAUUAAAUAAAAAAAGCUAUUUUAGUUUUUACAUUAUGGAUAAGAAUAUAACGCGAUACAAUGUUCAGCUAUAUAUUUAUGAUUUAUCGAGAGGAAUGGCCCGCAGCCUUAGUCCCAUCAUGUUAGGAAAGCAACUGGAUGGUAUAUGGCACACAGCUAUAGUGGCAUACGGUGAUGAGUUCUUCUUUGGAGGGGAGGGGAUCUCCAGCUGUCCGCCGGGUGGGACGAUGCUGGGUCCUCCAGACACAGUAGUGGAGCUUGGCGAGACCGAAGUAUCUGAGGAGAUCUUCAUGGAGUACCUCUCUUCCCUGGGAGAAAGCACAUACAGAGGUGACAGGUAUCGUCUGUUUGAGCACAACUGCAACACCUUCACCAACGAGGUUGCUCAGUUCAUGACGGGCAACUCCAUCCCAUCCUACAUCACCGACCUUCCAUCAGAAGUCCUCUCCACACCGUUCGGCCAAAUCCUGCGGCCGAUCCUGGACUCGAUCCACAUCGCCCCUCCAGGAGGAAACGUCAUCAACGGGGGGAGAAAUGCGUAACCUGAGAGCAACAGAAUCACCGUGUGCUCACAAGGUCACUUUCAUUGUAGUCAGACAGUCAAAAAUAAUUGUCUUUCUUUCUCCUUUCCUUCUGUACAUACAUUACACACUAUAGCAUUUAAGCUAAUGGCCAUUUUGGAAGCUAUUACUGAUGAAUAACCAGUGUUUUCUUAAAAAAUCUACAAUUUACACCUCCUUAAGAUCUACAUGAUUUAGUUCUUGAAUAUUGUUAAAUGGGAAUCUGGCAUCGAAUUCAAUGUACUUAGAAGAAAAACACUGAUACAGUUAAGGGUUUACCAGCAUAGCAGGAUAUAAGAUGCUUUUUAACACUUAAAUCUGACUUUAAAGAAUGUUGCCUUCUUAUAUAUAAAUCUAUGGAAAGUCAGUUGUCCAAUUUAGCUUUUUUCAGAAGUGAAAUAUAACCGACAAAUCUAUAUUAUUGAUUCGGUGCACUGCGGCGUUACUUAGCAUUUACAUUUUGCGAGAAAUUAAACGUUAACUCCAUAACAUAUUGCACUUUUUACUCCAUAACAUUUAUCUAUAGGCUGUUAUUACACCACCUACAACAUUAAAAUACCUCUUGCGCAUUGGUGCAUCCAACUUAGGAAGUACAUUACAUUUUAUACAACAAAGUAAACAAUGUUCCUCAGUUGGAACUAGUUUGAUUCCCAUUUUGGUUUUAAUUUAAUAAGAUUAUAUUUCUGUAGUUCAGUUAUUUAAUCAUUAAUUUAAUUGUUUUCCACUGACAUCAUUUAUCUGAGUGUACACCUCUAUAUAGAUAUAUUUAAUAUAUUCAAUAAAAUUAAGGAAAACCAGGUAGUUGAAGGAUCUUUUAAUGUCAGUCAUAUUUUAAUUUUGCACUUUUAUGGUUGUUUUGUCUAUUUUUAUUUGGUAGCCUGUAGUUAAAUGUCCGUCAUUGACCCUUUUAUACCUGUAAUACGUUUGUCUGUUUCUGUCGAGUUCAACUCUCAUGAUAUGAUUUGAUUUGUUGCAUCUUUUGUGAUAAAGCAGGUCAUCGAUGCCUAACUCAAACUGGAGUUAUAAUAUAUGUAGAGGUGAUGU